AUGGCGUCGGAGGGGAUGAUCCUGACGAACCACGACCACCAGAUCCGCGUCGGCGUCCUCACAGUGAGUGACAGUUGCUUCAGGAACCUUGCCGAGGAUCGUAGUGGGAUAAACCUUAAAGAUCUGGUCCAAGACCCUUCUUUGUUGGGUGGGACUAUAUCUGCAUACAAGAUAGUGCCAGAUGAAAUAGAAGAAAUCAAGGAGACGCUGAUAGAUUGGUGUGAUGAAAAGGAACUUAAUUUGAUUUUAACAACUGGAGGAACAGGGUUUGCACCACGAGAUGUCACUCCAGAGAAAUUCCCAACAUUCCCAUUAUGUGGGCUCCAGAGAGGGGCCACUAAAGAAGUAAUAGAGCGAGAAGCCCCGGGGAUGGCCCUGGCAAUGCUGAUGGGAUCACUUAAUGUUACACCUCUGGGCAUGCUCUCUAGGCCUGUGUGUGGAAUCAGAGGGAAAACUCUCAUAAUUAAUCUUCCAGGUAGCAAGAAAGGGUCACAGGAAUGCUUUCAGUUUAUACUGCCAGCCCUACCUCAUGCCAUUGAUCUUUUGCGAGAUGCCAUUGUAAAAGUAAAGGAGGUGCACGAUGAGCUUGAAGAUCUACCUUCACCACCACCUCCUCUUUCUCCUCCUCCAACCACCAGCCCUCACAAACAGACAGAAGAUAAAGGAGUACAGUGUGAGGAAGAGGAGGAAGAGAAGAAGGAUAGCGGAGUUGCCUCAACAGAGGACAGUUCUUCUUCACAUAUAACAGCAGCAGCCAUUGCAGCUAAGAUUCCAGAUUCCAUCAUCUCUCGUGGUGUUCAGGUUCUCCCACGUGAUACAGCCUCCCUCAGUACUACUCCUUCAGAAUCUCCUCGUGCCCAAGCCACCUCUCGCCUCUCCACUGCAUCCUGCCCAACACCAAAACAAAUUAGACGGCCGGAUGAAAGCAAAGGAGUUGCUAGUAGAGUUGGAUCCCUCAAACUCCACUAUAGGUUGGAAGGGCUUAAAGAUGAACUGAGGAGGAAUAGAGGCUACAACUCGAGAGUCCAAUCUAGGUGCAGCAGCAAGGAGAACAUCCUUAGAGCAAGUCACAGUGCUGUUGACAUUACCAAGGUAGCAAGAAGACAUCGCAUGUCUCCAUUCCCAUUGACAUCUAUGGACAAGGCCUUCAUCACAGUUCUGGAGAUGACCCCAGUGCUUGGAACAGAAAUCAUCAAUUACAGAGAUGGAAUGGGGCGAGUCCUUGCUCAAGAUGUGUAUGCAAAAGAUAAUCUACCACCAUUUCCAGCGUCAGUAAAAGAUGGUUACGCUGUCAGAGCUGCUGAUGGUCCAGGAGAUCGAUUCAUCAUAGGGGAAUCCCAGGCUGGUGAACAGCCAACUCAGACUGUGAUGCCUGGUCAGGUAAUGCGUGUUACAACUGGUGCUCCAAUUCCAUGUGGUGCUGAUGCAGUGGUGCAAGUGGAAGAUACAGAGCUCAUCAGGGAAUCAGAUGAUGGCACUGAAGAACUAGAAGUUCGAAUUCUGGUGCAAGCUCGACCGGGCCAAGACAUCAGACCCAUAGGACAUGACAUUAAAAGAGGUGAAUGUGUGCUGGCAAAAGGAACCCAUAUGGGUCCCUCUGAGAUUGGCCUCUUAGCAACUGUUGGAGUAACUGAAGUAGAAGUUAACAAGUUUCCAGUGGUUGCAGUAAUGUCAACAGGGAAUGAGCUGCUGAAUCCUGAGGAUGACCUCUUGCCAGGAAAGAUUCGGGACAGUAACCGUUCAACUCUCCUAGCUACAAUCCAAGAACAUGGCUAUCCAACAAUCAACUUGGGAAUUGUGGGUGAUAACCCAGAUGAUUUACUGAAUGCACUGAAUGAGGGUAUCAGCCGUGCUGAUGUGAUCAUUACAUCAGGAGGAGUAUCUAUGGGGGAAAAGGACUAUCUUAAACAGGUGCUGGAUAUUGAUCUUCACGCACAGAUUCACUUUGGCAGAGUUUUUAUGAAACCUGGCCUGCCAACAACUUUUGCGACUCUGGAUAUUGAUGGCGUAAGAAAAAUAAUCUUUGCGCUCCCAGGCAAUCCUGUGUCAGCUGUCGUCACCUGCAAUCUCUUUGUUGUUCCUGCACUGAGGAAAAUGCAGGGUAUCCUGGAUCCUCGGCCCACCAUCAUCAAAGCCAGGUUAUCAUGUGAUGUAAAAUUGGACCCCCGCCCAGAAUAUCAUCGGUGCAUUCUGACUUGGCAUCACCAAGAACCACUACCUUGGGCACAGAGUACAGGGAAUCAGAUGAGCAGUCGUCUGAUGAGUAUGCGCAGUGCCAAUGGACUGUUGAUGCUACCUCCAAAGACAGAGCAGUAUGUGGAGCUUCACAAGGGGGAGGUGGUGGAUGUCAUGGUCAUUGGAAGGCUAUGAUGUCACCAGCAAGAGCGAAGCUUUGAUGCAUGUCCACAUAUCAUUGACUGUAUCCUGUAAUAUGCAACGGCACAGCUAGUUUUUCCGAUUUGGAUAAAAGUUGAUCAGUAUAGUCAACAUCUUGAAAUAUAUUUCAAAUGGAAUUUAAAUAAAUACCUUUUAAAAAAAAAACUUUAAAACAAAUCUUAACAAAGAAAUUUAUUCUGAUUAUAUCAAAGCAACUUUUUCCUUUUCUUGCAAUUGCUUUGUGUGUUCAAUGCUAGUUCUGAUAGCGGUAGCUUUUAGUAGACAGCAGUAGGUGCCUGCAGAACUUGUGUUUUUUCUCAUCUUUAAGAUACAACUACUUACGCUCUUAAAACAAGGCUGUCUGCUUAUUUAUACUAGCGUAGACAACACUUGGAUUUCCCUUAUUAGUAUGCUUCAUAACCGCUUCACAGAGAGCUUCUGCUUGUUCUUUAUCUUGUAUCUCGUGUUGAUGUGCACAGUGCCAAAAGCAGAGUGGCUGCACUGGGAACCCAAUGAAGCCCCGAGGUUUUCUCACCUCGCCGUGCAUUCAGGGAUGUCUCUUGUCCCAGCAGCCACCCAGCUCAGUACUCUUGGGCAGUAACUGGAUACCUUUUAUUUCAACAAACAAAAAAAUUGCUUCCUUAAGUGCUGACAGCCUUUUUAACCAAUACAUUUAAAAAUGUACAGAACUAAAAACUAAAAAAAAUCAAAGACUGAUCUUGUACAGAUAUUAGUGUUACCAGCAUUCGUGUGGAAAUUAAA